GAUAGGAUAAUUUUAGUGCAUCACUUAUAUGCAAAGAGGCUCUGGAAAGUGGAAAGCUCACUCUGGAUUAGCUUGGGUCAGCACUGUAGGUGGGAACCUGUCUCUAUUAGGAUCAGCUGCAAACUUGAUAGUAUGUGAGCAAGCACGACGUGCUCCACACCUCGGCUACACCUUGUCCUUCUGGAAUCAUCUUAAGUUCGGAGUACCCUCCACUCUUAUUGUCACUGCCAUUGGUUUGACAGUCAUAAGAUGAUAGAAAUGUUCAAAUACAUGGUCACCCCUCCUGGUGUACAUAUGUUUGCUCAUUUGGCUUCAAAGUUACUGGAGUUCAUACACCCUCCUUGCUCAUCAUGUUGCAAAAAGAAGGGGGAAAAAGUGCAAAAUAGGCUUGUAAUAAGUGUCAUGUUUCUACCAUGUUCUUUUCUUUCGCUCCAUACUUUGUCUUUUCGUGUCCUGCUAUCCAUGAACUGUCAAGUUCAAUCAAAACAAUUUACUUCA